AGCAACCCAUUUCAAUUUAAUCUCUGUUUCUUACCAAUCCUUAAACAUGUCUAACAAACCAGUUAUGAUUAUAACUCUUUCCAUACUUAUGCUUGCCCUAACCAAAAUGCUGUACCCUCAGCUCUACAUGAAUGUCUUAACCAUUGUUGUGCCACUUGCUGUCUAUUACGUCUUUUUCAAGUCUUCUUCCACUUCUCUUCCUCCGGGUCCUUUCCCUUUUCCGAUAUUCGGAAACUGGAUUCAAGUUGGGAAUGACCUUAACCACCGACUUCUCGCUUCCAUGGCCCAAACCUAUGGUCCGGUUUUCCUCCUCAAACUCGGCUCCAAGAAUCUCACGGUCGUAUCGGACCCUGAGUUGGCCACCCAGGUGCUGCACACGCAAGGAGUCGAGUUCGGUUCAAGGCCACGUAAUGUCGUUUUUGACAUCUUCACUGGCAACGGACAGGACAUGGUGUUCACGGUUUACGGAGAUCAUUGGCGCAAAAUGCGUAGGAUCAUGACGCUGCCGUUUUUCACUAACAAAGUCGUGCACCAUUACAGUAACAUGUGGGAAGAAGAAAUGGAUCUGGUGGUUAAUGAUUUGAAGAGAGAUGAGAAUGUGAAGAGCAAUGGGGUUGUUAUCAGAAAACGUUUGCAGUUGAUGCUUUAUAAUAUCAUGUAUAGGAUGAUGUUUGAUGCCAAGUUUGAGUCUCAGGAAGAUCCCUUGUUCAUCGAGGCGACUCGAUUUAACUCGGAGAGAAGCCGGUUGGCUCAGAGUUUCGAAUACAAUUAUGGUGAUUUCAUUCCAUUGCUGAGACCCUUCUUACGAGGGUACUUGAACAAGUGCAGGGAUUUGCAGCAAAGAAGGCUGGCAUUCUUCAACAACUAUUACGUUGCCAAAAGAAGGGAAAUAAUGGCGGCUAACGGGGAGAACCACAAGAUAAGCUGUGCCAUUGAUCAUAUUAUAGACGCUCAAAUGAAAGGAGAGAUUAGCGAAGAAAACGUGCUGUAUAUCGUCGAGAACAUCAACGUCGCGGCAAUCGAAACAACAUUGUGGUCGAUGGAGUGGGUUAUAGCCGAGUUGGUGAAUCAUCCCGACGUUCAGCACAAGAUUCGUCAAGAAAUCUCGCGAGUCCUAAAUGGGAAGCCUGUGACGGAAUCAAACCUCCAUGAAUUGCCCUACUUGCAGGCAACGGUGAAAGAGUCAUUAAGGUUGCACACGCCGAUCCCAUUGUUGGUUCCUCACAUGAACCUCGAAGAAGCGAAGCUCGGUGGGUUCACCAUUCCCAGGGAGUCCAAGGUGGUAGUCAAUGCCUGGUGGUUAGCCAACAACCCCGAAUGGUGGAAAAACCCAGAGGAGUUCAGGCCAGAGCGGUUCAUGGAAGAAGAACAAGGCAUAGACGCCGCCGUGGCUGGUGGGAGAGUUGAUUUCAGAUAUCUGCCGUUCGGUGUUGGAAGGCGAAGCUGUCCUGGAAUCAUCCUCGCGCUUCCCAUCCUGGGGCUUGUCGUUGCUAAAUUAGUGUCGAAUUUUGAACUGAAAACUCCAUCGGGAACUGAUAAAAUCGAUGUGAGUGAAAAAGGAGGGCAAUUCAGCUUGCACAUUGCCAAUCACUCCACGGUCGCAUUCUGCCCCAUCAUGCCAUGAUCUGGUUUACGCGGUGUUCAUAACAGCCAUUCCAGUGAUGUUGGCUGUAAAUUUAUCAUUCCCAUAUUUUUCUGCAACUAUUCGUGACAAGAUGCGUGUAAGAAACAAAAAUGUUUGAUUUUAUUUUCUCAUAAUAAUAAAAUUUAAACCUGUUUUAAUUU